UCAACAAUUUGUCCUCUCUACAACUUGUACAUUUACUCUCUCUCUCUCUAUAUAUACUCAGCAUGUCAACUUUGCCAAACAGUAGAGCUUUCAUGGCGCAAGCAAUGCCUUCUGAUAAUCCUCCGGGUGACACAUUCCACAACUUCUUCGAGCGCUGGCUCUGCGAGCAAAACUCCUACCUAGAAGAGCUCGUAUCUGCCGCUGAAAACCACAACAACAAUCAACAACACGACGACGCUAUUCUGGUUCCGUUAAUCCACAGAAUCGUACGACACUACGAGCAGUACUACCAAUUCAAAUCCAAUUGGGAGACACGAGACGCCAUCUCCAUGUUUACUCCAACGUGGCGGAGCAAGCUGGAGGACGCGUUUUUAUGGAUCGGCGGAUGGCGACCGACGUUAGCGAUACAUUUACUCUACUCCAAAUCAGGAAUCCAGUUCGAAUCCAAAAUCGGAGAUCUUAUUCGUGGAUUGACCACUGAAGAUCUAGGAGAGUUAACGCCAAAUCAGAUCAAACGAAUAGACCAGUUGCAGAGGAAAACAAUCGAUGAAGAACGAGUGUUGAGUGAAAAACUGGCCAAGCAACAGGAGUCGGUGGCAGACAGGUCGAUGGUGGAGCUAUCGAAUGUGGUGUCAGAGAUGAUAAGGAAUGAAAAUGGUGGUGUGGAGGAUGAGGAGAAUAAAGUGGAAUCGACGUUAGAUUCGAAGGAGGUUGGAAUGGAGGAGUUGUUACACAGGGCGGAUGAGCUGAGACUGGAGAUGUUGAAGGCGGUGAUAGAGAUAUUGACGCCGAUACAGGCGGUGUAUUUUCUGAUCGCCGCCGCGGAGCUGCAUCUCCGGCUACAUGAGUGGGGGAAGAAAAGGGAGACGAAGGCGGUUGCUGCCGCUGGGACUGAGACCCAUAGUCAUUCCACCGGUUGCAUGACUUGAUGACCAUUACUAUUUUAGUAGUUAGCAUAAUUGUUUUUGUUUGAUUUCACAUUUUGGCACUAGCCUUUUGUUUUUAGUAUUUUGAUUAUAUUUUUAAGUUCUGGGGAGUAUUUUUAGUAAUGAAUCCAAAGUAUUGUUUUUUGUUCGAAUAAUA